AUAUAAAGUCCCAAACCCCACGAAUAAAAUAAAAAUCUAGGGUUACAUACAUUACAUUCAUUUUCCGGUCUGCGUCUCUCUUCCCCUAUCUUUCUGUGGUUGAAGUUCUUAAAGUGAUGGAGUCACCACCCAGUAAUCACCACACCGUCGACGGCGAUGCCAACGACGUUAGAGCCUUCUCCCACCGCGACGACGAAGACGACAAGCCCCAACCUCUCACCGGCGACGGUGCCAGUCCCGGAAAGAUUUUUAUUGGCGGUUUAGCGAGAGAAACCACUAUUGCUCAAUUCAUCAAGCACUUUGGUAAAUACGGUGAGAUAACGGAUUCCGUUAUCAUGAAGGACCGGAAGACCGGCCAGCCUCGCGGCUUCGGCUUCAUAACUUACGCUGAUCCCUCUGUGGUUGAUAGAGUUAUUGAGGACACUCACAUUAUCAACGGCAAGCAGGUGGAGAUUAAGAGGACGAUUCCGAGGGGUGCAGUUGGCUCGAACUCUAAGGACUUCCGAACCAAGAAGAUUUUUGUUGGUGGAAUUCCUUCUACUGUGAGUGAAGGUAGUGUUUCAGUUGAGCCAAUUUUCCUCUUGCUGAUGUUGCUGAUGCCUUACUUAAUGUCAAAAUUUAAGGAUGUAGCAUGAAUGAUGUGCACAUGU